UAAAUGAAACCAGCUUUUGUUCUGUUUCAUUUUGAAUAAAAAGAAACAAUUAAAAAAAAAUGGUUGAUUAUUUGAGAUUGUUGCGAUGCUUCAGCUUCACGGCAUCGCGUGAUUGGUUAUUCCGGCAAUCAUUCGCAAACGCCGGUCUCCGCUCCGUCACCACCGAUCUCUCCCACGGCGAUUCCAUCGCAUCCACAACGUCUAUGCAUUGGUGGAUCCCUAAAUCCCCUAACCGAUCCAAACCCAACCUCCUCCUCGUACACGGAUUCGGAGCCAACGCAAUGUGGCAAUACGGCGAACACCUCCGAUCCUUCACCGGCCGGUACAACGUCUACGUCCCCGAUCUUCUCUUCUUCGGACUCUCCUCCACAUCGGAACCGAACCGGACCGAAUCAUUCCAGGCUCAGUGCCUGUCGAGGCUAAUGGAAGCGCAUGGAGUCCAUACGAUGAACGUUGUCGGGAUAAGCUACGGUGGGUUCGUAGGGUACAGUUUAGCGGCGCAGUUUCCGGAGAAAGUGGAGAAGCUGGUGCUAUGCUGCGCCGGGGUUUGCCUUGAGGAGAAAGAUAUGGAGGAUGGUUUGUUCAAGGUUCCGAAUCUAGAAGAAGCCACCGGGAUCUUGAUUCCUCAGACGCCUGAGAAGCUUAAGGAGCUUAUUAGAUUCUCUUUCGUUAAGCCGAUCAAAGGCGUUCCUUCGUUUUUUCUAUGGGACUUUAUCGAUGUGAUGUGUACGGAGUUUGUAGAGGAGAAGAGAGAUUUGAUCAAGUCGAUACUCAAAAAAAGGAGACUUUCAGAUCUUCCUAGGAUCAAACAGAAAACUUUGAUCAUAUGGGGAGAAGAAGAUCAAAUAUUUCCACUGGAACUUGGUUACAGAUUGAAAAGAUAUAUAGGAGAUAAUGCAGAGAUGGUGGUGAUUAAAAAGGCAGGACAUGCUGUUAAUUUGGAGAAAUCCAAAGAGUUUCUCAAGCACUUGAAAUCUUUUCUCAUCGACUCUUUGUGAACUAGUUGUUCUGUUUAUCUGGAACUGUUCUGUUCUGGUAUCCGAUUCCUACAAGAAAGGAAAUGAAAAGUGGGUUUCGGUGAGCUAUUAUGAUUUUAGGCGCCAAUGAAAAGACAGAUCAACCGAUAAUUCGCUGCCUAAAAUUCUUCUUAAUGGGCUGCAUCUUUGAAAAGAUGAGCUUUGAGGAAAAUAAGAUAACGGACAUAUCUGAGAAGAGAGUCUAUCCG